AUCGAUCAUCUCUCGACGACCUCUUCACACACGCUCUCCUGAGAGCCCCUUGCUCACUGACGGCAGCGAAGAUGAAUCAUACUACUUCACUUGGUCCAUAAGAUUCCCGGAUCACUAUUGCUGCACCACCAUGAGCGGCAAGAAACCUGAAAGCAACAACAACAACACCUCCUGUUCCUCCUCCGGCUCAGGCCCAGGCUCAGCACGGAGGUCGGUCUUUGGCUUCUUCAAGAAACGGACUCCUCUCGUCCACGACAGCCACGAAAUGUCGCUGGCAUCGCCGAGCACCACCGCCGUCGCCAGCCUGUGCCGCCUCCCAACGGAGUUGUUGUUGAUGAUUGUGGCGGAGCUCUCAUUCCCCGAUCUGCUCCAUUUGCGAGCGAGUUGUCGAGCAGCACAAGAACUGCUCUCACAAGGCGACUUGUUGCAAGAAUGGAUGCAUCGCCAAACCUUGCCGCGCCAUGAACUGGAACCCGGCGAUCAUGUCCGACUCUAUAUCCAAUUAUACCCUCCCACUAAUGGCCAAACCCUCGAAUAUCUCUUGAAUCAACACCGCCGAAUAUCGACCGCAGUGCUCUUAGCCACGCGACUCGAUUCCUAUGUCGAGCAAUACGCGCAAACCCAUCCGGGACUCUGGGUCCUCCGCGACGCCGCCACCGCCCCCUUCCCCGCCAUCGUCUGCAUGACAUGUCCCGAGUACGCCGAAGUACAAGACAAGCUCGUCCCCUGUCUCCUCGUCAUCCAACACUAUCUCGAACACCUACGAAAUAAACUCCACGACCUCGCCGAAGCACGAUGGUCCGACACCAGCCUCAUCUGGUCUCGCCUCCAAGAAGUCACUUUCCACACGUACAAUCGCAAAGAUGUCAUUUCCGCCCACGAAGCCUUUCAAGUCCUCUGCUGGCUCAUGGCCCGCCUUCUCGACCCUUCUUCGGAUUUCCGCGCCCGCCGAAUCGCUCUCCGCGGAGUGAACAAACGCUCCAUUUCCGACCAAGAUGUACGACAAUUCGUCGUUUUGGGAAAUCUUCGAGGUCUCGCAGAAUUACUUUCUCCUUCACCUUCACCAACGCAUCACCACCACCACAAGAAAAUUCUAUCUUCUUCUUCUACUUCUUCUACUUCUUCUUCUUCAUCUUCUUCGUAUUCAUACUCCUACGAAGCUCGAGAGAAAAUCGUCUUACGUCUAGUAAGAAGUCACGAUCCGACACGAAAUAAAAACUGGCUUCAAGCAUGGUCGGGAUAUAGGCCCGAAUAUCGACCCAUAGCACAAUCGAUUCCGACGACGGUGAAUGUGUUAAAUUUGCAAUUUGGGUUUCAAGAGGUGUGGAUGCGGAGUGCCGUGGAGUAUUUGUCGAGACAUAGAUUAUUGUUGCGAGGAGGAGGGGGAGGAGGAGGAGGGAUGGAUGCGUUGGUGGGAUUGAUGGAGGAGGAUGAGAGGCCGAGUCGGAGGACGGUGGAUGGAUAUACGGAUAUUGCGGGCUAUCAUAUGGUGCAGGGUUCGCUGUUGUGAAUUCUUUUUUUGUUCUACAUCUUCUCUGCGACUAUUAUCGCUGGGCAGCUCUCUCUCUCUCUCUCUCUCUCUCUUUUUCUCUUGCAUUGAAACACUCAUCGCUACGACUACGCUAUGCAUGCCACAAAAACAACAAUAAUUAUCAGUCAAACACCUCCUUUAAUUCCCUUCCCAGUAUUCCUUCGCCAUGUGGUAUAUCCAGUCCCCCAAUCCCUUUCAUCUCAUCUCAUUCCAAUUCAGUUCAAUCCCAUUCAUACCAUAAACAUCAAACCCCACUCCUAAACCCCUUAACAACACCCUCCAACAUCUUCAACCCAUAAAAUCGACUCACACUCUCGUAGACCUUCAAUUCCCUCAAAAUCUUCCCCCGGUCGACAGUCCCAACCCACUCGCCCGCACAAGCGCAAUGCUCCAUAAAAUCAUUCGUGCGCACGCGUUUGCAUUUCUUGCACGUGAGAUCCUGCGACAUCCAUUGGAGUGCGAGUUUGCUCACGUCGCUGAGAAGCCGCUCUUCGAUGGCGAGAAAGUCGAAUCGGUGAGAGCAGUUGUCGCAUUGAGGGGAUAAGAUGAUUUCGUUGUUGUUGUUGUUGCUGUUUGUGGGAAGGGCAAGGUCGGAGUCGCGGCAGAGGUCAAUGUCCUUGGGGACACAGCAUUGCGGACACGAGAGUUGUUUGAUGCAGAGUGUGCUGCUGGGAUUGCUAAAUGUGCCUUCGGAGGAGAAUUCGCGAAUGUCGAAGAGAUGCAAGAGAUCCUUGCGGAGGAGCCGGGCUUCGAGGGAGAUGGUUUUGUCGAGCGAUAAGACUUGCAUGAGGCUCUUGACCAGCUCUAGGACGGGAUUCUGAGGAUGGAGAUGCGAGCCGGGCAUGGUGGGGAAUGUCCAGUCGCUGAAGAGUUCCUCGUGGAGAGACUCGGUCCGUUGACGCUUGAUGAGAUGUUGAAUUUGCUUGUGAAGAGGCUUGGAGAACGUCUUUUGCAGAACCGUGCCAGGCGUGGUCUGAUCGUCCUUUUCGGAGUUGAAGAUGCUCGCGUGAAUCGGCAACUGCGUUGCUCGAGGCGUGGCACCAUUCAUCAAUCCAGCCGGGCGUUUGCGUCCAUGCAUGAUUUCAAUGUACUCUACAACCCACUGAUUGAAGAAAGGCUGUAAGAUUUCAGGCAGAAAUGUGGCAAUUUGCCAGUGCAUGAUCGUGUCGAGCGUCUGUUCGCUUUCUGCGACAACUUCGACACAACCUUUUCCGCCGUAGUUGAAUUCAUCGUACCACGCCAGGUAGUCCCAGUACUCUGUGAUUGCGAGAUCCAAGAAGUGGAACGCCGGCUUGGUGUUGAUGGUUUUCAGAAUGUAUUCACUGUAGGCGAAUGCAUUCCCAACUUCAGCUUUGCUCGUUUGCAGUAACAGUCGUCCCGCAUUGGCGAAGACGACAUGCGAGCCUACGCGUCGGAAUUCGGACAUGAGCUGCUGAAACGCCUUUCUCGACAUCGUUUGCACGUAGUAGUGCAAAUUUCGGUCGUAGAGAUGUGAAGACGGUGAUUCUACCCAGCGGACAAGAUGCUGUACGAGUGUAUCAGCCAUCGGGCACCCAUCUGAUGCACAGGCUUGUUGCCACCACGCCCGAACCAUCUCUCGGAGUGCUCCAAUGCCUGCAGAGGCGAAUGCGUUCUCAGACUGAAGAUUCUGCGCUGUGUCAUCCAGUGCAUCUUCUUGGGCUCCAGCACCAGAGACGCCAAGAGGAUCGCCACUGGAGCCCUCUGCGUCGUUGAGGACAGCCGAGGAGAGAAUCGUGUUGAUAGCUAGGUUCUUGAUGCUGAGGUCAAUGCAGACGGAUGAGUACGUUCCUGGGUUAUUGACUGAGGGCAUGUCCACUACCUCCAUUCCCCCCAGAAUGUCGUCUUUCUCGUGGCCAGCAUGAUCAGGUCUCGCAUCUUCCGACCACCACAGGAUGACUCUCUCUUUCUGCAGUCUGCGAGCAUAGGCGAUAUCGAUCAAGAAUCGAGGAUCGUCCAUUUCCAGGUUGCAUAGUGGUACAUUUCCAUAUCGAGCAAACUCGAGGAGGUGACUGAUCCAGGAUCCAAGAUCUAGGUAGUGACUGACGAGUCGCUUCGCAACAAAGGACUGCCAACCAAGCGGUGGAAGCUGUUUAUCACUUUCAUCUGCCUUGAGUCGGAGAGACGGAAAGUUUUGGAGUAUGGGAAGACCAUGCAUCAGCAUUAUUGCUGAAUGUGACUGUAACACAAGCAUGAUCGGUAGCGCUUCUUCUUUCUGCAUUUUCUUGACUGCAUCACCCAGCUCCUGGAAUGCUCGUCGCUGCGUCGUGACUUGUACGGUCUUGAAAUGGAGGCUCUCCUGAUACUCCAGCGUAGCCUGCCAUGGCUGGCCACCAUUCUUCUCCAGCUUUCGUGCCAGCAUUUCUUCGUAGAUGCGAUCCACAUUGGGCAUUCCUUGUUCACUUCGCGCACGGUUCAAGACCACAAUCUUGACUUCUGCUUUCGUCGACGAGAAGAGUGCGUAGAUUUGUCUCUCCCCAGCGGAGAUGUGAUAGAGAGCGAGAUAGCUCAAGCUCGUCGACCCCAUAUAUGGCUGCUUCGGAGGCACUGUUCUCAGGGUCGAGAGGUCGAACCCCUGCUCCAGACCUUUGCCCAGCACACCUCGCUGGCUUUCAUCGAACGUGCAAACGCAUCCGAGCUCGAGCAUAGCACGGACAUCAAGUGGCACAUGUCUCUCGUAUACGCCUUCCACGCUCGAGUGGUUAAAAAGCAUGGACAGCUUCUCGGUCUCUUUGACAUACACCUGCUCAGGCAUAGUGAGCUUGAAAAGGUGCGUGCUGGGGUGACCGUUUGGCAGAGUGUGGUUCACAAUCUUCUCGGCCUUCACGCCAUCCACAGUGACAUCUGGCAGUUCCUCGUCCUUGAGAUUCAGGUAUAUCUGGCGCGGUACCACGACCUUCAACUGGUGCACUUUCUUAUCGAUGAGUAUGAAAGCUCUGACUUCUCCCGGUGAGUCUGUUUCUCGCAACUGCAGGAUUUGCCAGUCCGCUGUGUACAACAACUCUGCCUGGUUUCGAAAGAAGGUCCCAAUCGCAUCAGUUGCAUCUUGUCUCUUUUCUCCAAAGAGUUGGCGUCUUCUCUUCCGAGCAGCCUUCUGGAUCUUCCACUUCUUCUUCUGGUACUGUAGCCAGCCUACAUAAUCCUCUGUGAUGCUGGGCAUGACUGCGGGUAGACUGUCGUAUGGAUUGAUUGUUGCUGGAAGUGUAGGCUCGUCUCGAAUCUUCCUCUUCUGGCUCGCAACAGCCUUCGUGGCACUGCCUGGCUUGAACUUCGACAGUGCGGUUGAGCCAAAGUCUUCCAUGUCACCACUCGAUCGCACCGGUUGUCUGUUAGCAUCGCGCUCCUUGAGUGCUUGCUUCUGGAACAUGUCUGUCAUCUUAGCUUGCUGAAACUUGUCUUCCUUCUGGGCGAUUCUGCGGUUGAGCCAGUCUGGAUGAGCCACGCGCGGCACUGGGUUCUUGAUCUUUUGCAAUGCAGCGGGAAUAGUGAUGAGCUUCUGAAUUACAGACCCCAGACGCUCGAGGUAGUAGUCCCAAUCAAUCAAAUCUCGGGGAUCCAUCGAACCAGGAUCCUCCUUCAUCCAUUUCCGUAGGUAGUACCGCUUCACCGAGUCUUCGGCAGACAGGAUCGCGACAGGUAUGGCGCGCUCCGUAACUGGGGCGUUCUUUGGUCUCGAUGAGAUGAUGUACUUGCAGUUCAAGCCUUUGUCCUUUACCAUCUGUUCGCCCAAAAACUCUGCCAGCCGUUUCGCAGUCGUGAUAGCAGUCGACUUCUGCGCGCCAUACUCCUCGAGAGUUUUGGUCAUGCUUUUGUUCUCGCAAAUGAGGUCGAUCAGCUCCUCGUCUGCCAGCAUACUGCCGUGUGAAUGCAGAACGUCGAGCCACUUGUUGGCAACCUUGGCGACAGCGCCAUAUGUCUCAGCAAGCGUCGAACCCUCCAAAAAGAACUUGAAUAUCUGUUGCUGGAAGAUCUUGAUCAGUCUCAACUCUCCACGUCGCUUGACCUCGAAACCCUUCAAUUCCGCCAGUGAUCCAUCGUCAUUGAAGACAGCAUAUCGCUUCUUUAAAUUCCUGUCCUCAUCCUUUGAUGUAGGCAAGAUCAUGGCUCUAUAAGGACCAUCGACCUCGAAGAAGAUCGUGUUAUCGCUGUGCUUCUCAUAUUUGAACGUUGUCGGGUCUUUCAGUUCUUCGUAUUGGUGGUUCGUAAAGCCAGCGUGGACCAGGUGAUUCAGCAUGGCGCAAGGGUACGAUAUAGCUAGCUUCUUGCCAUUCUUCAUUUUGAACGCAAAGUUCUCCGGAAAUGUCGCGGGAAGAAUACACCAAAUACCAUCAGUAUCCAGUUCCAGAGGUCUACCGACACGCUCAACGAUUUGACGUGCCAUCUGGAUAAUUCGAGCUCCCGUUAAACAGGUGACACCUGCCAUCUCCAUGGAGUACCAUCGCGAACCUUUACGCAUGACGUAUCCGUAGAAUGAAUUGAGAAUGACUUUGUGGGCGAGUUGCAAGGAGUCGAAGAGCACGAUCAUCUUCUUCGCCUCGUCAAUCUCGCCGGGUGCAGCCCCAGCCUUUUCAAGCUCAGAAGUCUUUCCUUUCCACACUUUCUGCUUGCCUUUAAAGUCAUAUCGACGAUCACGGAAGUCCUUUACGGUGUCGACGUAGAAAGGAUUUUCUCGCUGACAGAUGAUGGCUUCUCGCUCAAUUGUCUUGGUCUCGUGGAUCUUGUGAUAAAUCUUCUUACUGUAGUCGGUCAAGCGUUUGCGAACAAGACCAGCCUGCUCAUCCAGGCUCAGAUCCUGGAAAGCUCUAGCAGCACUGUCUGGGCCGAACUUUCCGGGAAACUUCUCGUUCUCGAGCGCAUGUCGAAUCAUGUUGUAUUCGUCUCGCUUGGCAGGCAAGAAUUCACCUCGCCACGACCAGGGCAUUCGUCUAUCGCACGUCUUGCCAGGUCGAUUGAAAUCGCAAGCCGCACAAUCUGCCUCGUCGACCAUGCUGUCAGGCUGCAGUCGAUUUGUCGUCAUGAUGUUCGGAUACAUGGAUGCGACGUCCAAGUGAUAGAUGAGUGGUCGUUCGCUCCUGUUUGGCGUGGCUUUAAGCUGCAUUAAUCGAUCAACAAUCUGUGCUUUGAUCUCCUCGUAAUUCUCCACGUCGUCAAAAUUCUUUUUUUCCUCAACUUCAAUUGUGAAACGUAACGCAGCAUCCAAUCCUUCCAGAAGCUCGUCGAUAGCUGUCGUGUCAAUAGCAAAAUUGUUGGGUAUAUCACUUCUGAAGACACCACACUCGAUACUCUCGACGUGCCCGCCGACAUAUGUCUCCGACUCUAGUAGGUGGCCUUCCCAGAAGGACUCUCGGGCCUGCACGUGCUUGUUGGGCAGUACGAUCUCCUUCUGGUAUGCCUGGACCAUGAGCAACAUCUCGCAGAGGGUCCCUGUACCUUUCCGUAGCACGUCGUCUGGACCCAGCGGAAUGAUUGUGCACAGUGAGAAGAUGAAAGGGUGCACAUAUUUCAUAUACAGAUAGUAGGUUGCCACAGCAUCGGAAACAGAGUACUCUGCGAGUGUUUGUGGUCGUUCCUGUGCGUAUGGUGUCAUAAGCUCCGGGUCGAGCUCGUCCGGAUCGUAGCCUAGCUUUGCGACUGUGACUGCUUUCAGACCUCGGGAUCCCUGCGGUAAGUAAGAGUCUCGACUGACCCAAGCAAAGGCGUCCAUAUGAGCGCAGUGCGUCGAUUGGUAGACGUCUUCACUGUUCUUUCGAAAUCCGAUCUCCUGAUACAUGUCCAUACCAUGCACGCUCGCUCGUGCCUCAACAAAUGGCCAAUCGAAGAAGUCUCCGUUGUAAGUCACCAUGACAGUAGGUCGUGCUUCUUUGAUGCAGCUGAAGAAGCGCACUAGCACAGCCUCUUCGUUGGAUUCGUUGAAGAUCAUGAACGGCCCUUCGAACUCUGGCUUCGGCGUAUAGUCAAAGUCCUCGAUAUCUUCCGACACAAUCUCGCGGUUCGUGAUCAGAAAUCCUUGCCCAUCAAUCAUGUACGAUAUCAUCAUGAUCUGAUCGAUGGCGGCAUCUGGAAACUUUAAUGGCAGCUUCGUCGUCUCAAUAUCAUAAGCCAUCACCACAGGAUCCGCUCUCGUUAGUCGCUCCUCAAGACACUUCAGCUUGACAUGCCCGUGCUUGGCUUCC